UAAAACUUCUACCCAAUUUCUAUCCUGUUUCUCUUCUAUCUUUCCUAAUUUUCAAAGUGUAUAAACUUUAAUAAAAUCAAUUCACUAAGAUCAGGUAAUUUUUUUCUUGUGAAUUUUCCUCCGAAAAAAAUUGGGCAGAAAGUGAUAACUUAGAAAACCUAAACUCCGUUCUCCGUCACACUUCAAUCUGCACCCUUAAACCUACCCCUCUGCCGUUCACGUCCGGCACUACCGCACCUAGAGCUGUCAAAAAAGUCCCAAACUACAAAGCCCCCUUUAUUAAACUCCUUACUAAGCCCCAAUUACAAUUUUCUCCUCGGUUCGUUUGGUUCUGACCAUUGUCACGGUCGAUUCUCAUUCCCUGAUUUGGACUUCAUUGUUGUUCGCCACGUCACGGCUCGGCCUUCUUGUCUUCGUUGUUACAGGAUUGGAAAAGCAAGGCUGCGCAAUAUCUGGCUGAUUCUGGUGUUCCAUAUACGAUUAUAAGUUUAUAGAGAAAUAAAAAUGGAUUCAUCACAAAUUCCAGCUGUGGGGGGAAAUGGAACGCUGAUCUCUCAAACAAACGACACAACAGCUUCUGCAGCAGGAGCUAAUGAUUCUAUGCAAAACCUGAACCAGGUCAGCAACUCCAUUCAGAAAACCUUGGGCCUUAUCCACCAGCUUUACCUUACAGUGUCUACCUUCAAUGCUGCCUUUCAAAUGCCACUCCUCCAACGCAUCAAUGGUCUUGUUGCGGAGCUUGAUAACAUGGUUAAAUUGGCAGAAAAGUGCAACAUUCAGGUUCCUAUGGAGGUUGUAAAUUUAAUUGAUGAUGGGAAGAAUCCAGAUGAAUUUACCAGGGAUAUUAUAAACAACUGUAUUGCAAAGAAUCAGAUCACAAAAGGAAAAACCGAUGCUUUAAAGAAUUUGCGCAAGCAUCUUUUGGAGGAAUUGGAGCAGAACUUCCCUGAUGAGGUUGAAAGUUUUAGAGAGAGCCGUGCUGCUUCUGCUGCUUUUCUUAGCACAUCAACUUCUUUACUGUUGAUUGGGGAUCCGCAUUGCUUCAUAGGAAAUUUUCCCACUAGUAUUUGUAGUCAACAACUCACGCCUGAAGAUUUCCUACGCGAACUCCAAACCUUUGUUUUUAAAUGAUAUUAGAUAUUUCUACGUUCUUUUUUCACUGUGGGAGUGAUUGAUGACUUGUAUAGUAGCCAGACUAGCAAUAUCUCCCAUUUAUUUCCUUCACUUCCUUCUCCGUAGCUUAUUGCAACUGAUGAGUUUCUUUCUACAUAUACUCCUGCAUCACCUCGAGAUCUGAAAUGCAAAUAGAAACCAGGCUUUGCAUUUCUGGUACCCUUCUACAGUUCUACUCUUCUUUCAUUGACUGAUAAUGGAAGCAAGCAAGAAACAUCAAUCCAGGGAGAAGAAAAAGAUAUAACUUCCAAGACACUAAAAAAGAAAAUAAGAAAAAAAGAUGAUGUAGCUAUUAUGGGGUUUACACAACAUUGUCAAUUUUGGAUUGCAGAAAAUAGUUAUGAUCGAAUUCCUGUACACUAUAGUGCUAUAACGUAUAACCUCUAUUUGAUGGCACUUUGUACUAAAUAGCGGAUUGCAAAACAAUAACGAUUUGUUCAAAUUAUGCUACGUUAUAGCUCUAUGUAGCAUCGACACGUCUAAUCGAAGGCAUGAUCCAUUGUCUGUCACCUUGGAGGCUUGGAUCCAUUCUUUGCUUGCUUAUUUGCAUUUCAGUGUUAUCACCGACAUGAAAUUUUGAUUAUUUUUUUUUAUGAUGAAUUUGGAGUUGUGUGUU